AGCGUUAUAACAGCAUCCGAACCAAGUCUAACUCUGGAUCGGGUUUUGGUACUUGCUCUCUCUGUCUCGCUUCUGACUCAGUCGAGAGAUCAUCGGAGAUUGAAAAAAAUGGCGAUGGACAGAGCCCAAUUGAUACUCUUGGGUUUACCGAUAUUCUUAUUUUGUUCUGAUCUGUUCAACCUAUUCACUCCUCCGCCUCCAAAACCUCCUCAUCAGCCACCAUCACCACCGCAUAUCCCUCACCACCAACACCACCAGCGUCCGGCUGGAUUCACACCCGAAACCCUAGAUUUCCCUUUUUCUCAGAAGAAACAAAGUGGACUAGGAGGAGCUGUUGGAUAUGGAAACACCGUCGAGAUCAACUUCUGCGUCUCCUGUUCUUUCAAGGGAACAGCAGUGACCAUGAAGAAGAUGUUAGAGACGGAGUUUCCAGGUUUGGACGUGAUUCUCGCCAACUACCCAGCACCAGCACCAAAGCGUAUUCUAGCCAAGGUUGUACCGGUUGCUCAGAUGGGAGUUAUCGGUAUGAUAGUUGCGGGUGAUCGCGUCUUCCCCAUGAUUGGAAUCACGCAGCCGCCCGCGUGGUUCAACUCCCUGAGGGCCAAUAGAUUUGGUUCCAUGGCUUCUACUUGGCUUCUCGGAAACUUUCUCCAGUCUUACCUUCAAAGCUCAGGGGCCUUUGAAGUUCUCUGCAAUGGAGAACUGGUGUUUUCUAAAUUGAAAGAAGGUAGAUUCCCGGGAGAGAUCGAGCUGAGAGAUCUCAUCAGUAAGAAGUUGACAAGGACCUAGCAUCGUCGCAGCAGGUAGCUACUGAAGCAGAGAGUAUCAUCAGCAGAAAGAUAUAUGUCGAUAUGAAAGGUAUAUAUGGAGAAUAUAUAAACCUUUCCACAAGCAGUGUUUCGAUCUUAUGUGCUUAAAAGCUGCUUAUGUAGCAAUACCGUUUUGUUCAUUUGGUUUAACUAGCUUUUUUACUCUUUUGAUUUAAUAAUUUUUGUUACAUCAGAUCAGAUGAUACCCCUCUUCAAGAAAACUUUAUUUAUAAGAAGAAAUUGUGAAACA